CAGUUUUGCGCACAACCUUUUUCCCCUCGAGCCCAAAUCUUGCGACAUCGUCAACAACGCCCGUGUGGAUCUCGCCGUGAACGUGUGUUUAUUGAUGGCCGGUGACGAGAUGGCAAAUGCGCAGGCGACGCACGGGGUGCGAGCCGCUAGCAAGAGGCAAAGAGGUGACGGCGUCACCAUUCGACCCCGAGGCAAGAGAUUGAAGACGACGGGGCCUGCGCCUAGCACCACCUCUGCCGGUCCCUCAACCCGCCGUAGGACCCGACUCGCCACUGUUGACAGGGACGACGAGGAGACCGUGGACGGGGAAGUCCUCGCCGUUAUGAAUAACUUUUCGACGCUCCGAAAGUCGGCCCCGCAGCAAAAGUCUGGUGCCAUUGAGGUCUUGAUUCCCUCCUCAAGAACAAAAGUGUCUGAAUUCUCGGACAACUUGCUCCGAGACACGCUCUCGGAGCGCGGCCUACUCGGGCCACCUAAAAAAGUGCCUCGCAAAAACCAAAAGGCUCACCAGAGUGAACCCAAAAGCCCGGUGAAGCGCCGGGUAAUUCCAGAGUCGCCCCAGCUGUCGCUCGAGACGGUCGACAAGGCCGACCACGAAAUGGAUGACGAUGGGGAUGCCAGCGACGAAUAUGCCAGCGACGAAGGGGGUGACGAUGAAAAGAUCGACGGCGAAAUAAAUCCCUCACAUGAAGAGAAUAGCGAACCCAGCCGUCGGACAGUAAACGGGCUUGGAAAUCGUAGCUUGGCGAACUCGGCUCCUCGCGUCUCGUCCUCAGUCGUGGAAGCUGAAGGCGAAGGCGCAGCCGCAGGUGCAGGCGAAGAAGUCGGAGAACAAGAACUUGGUAACGUCGAUGGAGAAGAAAGAGACCAGGGUGACUCUCUCGUGAUAGAAGCACCUGCUACCACCGACGCCCAGUUCUCAGUGGAGAUUUCACGCAAAGAUCUUGGCCGCAUGGACAGGUUGAUGGGCCGGCCAGGCUGGACAGGCAUGCGCAAAACAUGGAAAACAUCCCUGCUUCCGUUUGAAAACUUGGAAAUCGAGAGCGAGGCUGCCAUGCUCAAAACUGGCCUCGGCGGCAAACUCUACAGCGCUUUAUUCGAGCUGAAGGGUCGCCUUGACGGUGGUCGUUCGGCCACAAGUCUUGCCGAACAAAACACAUGGCUGCGCAGAGAGAAGCGGCGCCUCAGCAAGCCCAUGUCCGCGAUCACCAGGACUGUUACAAGAAUCUGCGAGGCUGACCUUGUGGCUGGCAGUUCUGUGGAAUUAAGCGACGAAGACUUGGAGUCUCGCCGUCUCUUGGUCGAAGACAUGGUUGGAAAGAUCAUCCCGAUGCUGGUUCUGAUCCUCUCGAGUUCGUUCGACCUUGGAGGGGUUGGCCGCGACAUUGAUGAUGGGCCACCAAACGAAGGUACCUUCACUGCCAGCACGAUGCAGUAUCUGGUGCAGAUUACGGGCUGGCUUAAUCGACUCGUCAACGUCAUCAAAUUUGAACUUUCUCAGCGGCCGUUAGAGGACGAGAGUAGCUCCGAGCUAACCCCGGUCGAUAUCCAGAAACUGAAUGAGGACCGCAAAAUUUUCGGCGAACUCCUCAAGAACUACUGGUACCCAAGGCUCAAGAAGGCCGAAAAGGAUCUAAAGGAGAAACAAGACGAAGAGAAACUCCGCGCAGAGCGAGUUGUGCGCGAUGAGAUUAUUAAAACACAGAGAGAGCAGCAGGAGUAUGAGGAGCUUGCCAAGACGGGACAGCGAUGGGCGCGUUUUGAAGAGUCUACGCAUCAACUAAAGAGGCUGCCGCGGCCUGCACAAGAAAUCUGGCGAAAGGCCAAUCAGCCAACGUGGUCCUCGUACGGGCCGGGAUUGCUCCCGUCAUCAGGGAGGCCGCAUGCGGUGCCUUACAACGGGUUUCGGCCGAUUCGCAACGAGGACAAGCGGCGGUUACUAAGAGAGCUAAGGCGCGAGAACCGGCUGGCAACUACAGAGGACUUGGAAUACUACGCCGGAAAACUAAGACUAGAUGUUGCCCAAGUUCUCGCCGAAACGGAACUCCUCAAAAUGGCGGCGCGGGACCUUGCUCGCCAAAAUAACAUCCGUGUCGAGGCCUGGGCCAGGUAGGAGGCUGUACGGUAGCGGAGUGGAGGAUCAAUGUUUUGUUUAGCUGGUGUUGGUACGGAUACGGAUAGUAAGCUGUUUGAGCAACGGCGCCCCACGGUGUUAUUGCAGGAUACCCCUAGUGCAUUUAUUGUCUGCUUCUUGUUCCUCUUGGCUGAUAUUAUUUUAACUCGACUUGCUUGUGUUGUUG